AUGCCCUCUCCCUCGUCUUCAUCCUCAAGAUCAGAUCAAGCCGAGUCCCAUGAGCUUCUCAAGCGCCCUCGUUCACUUUCCGCUCCCAGCGCCCCCAGCAAUCCCUCCAACCGCCACGAUGAUCACGAUCCGGCCAGCGACAGUGAUAGCUCAGGCUACGAACUAGACGAUCUUGACGAUCUUGACGAUCUUGAAGCUUCCUCGCGCCUACUCCGGAAUGGUAGCCGUGCCCACAAACCCCCCUUCUCGUCGUCGCCAUCACCUCUUUCCCGGUGGUGCGCCUCUUGCGCCAGCCGCCUCCGAAUCCUCAUACGGCGCUCGGUGGGCAUCCGACAUCGCUUCUUCCAGUUUGGGUUUAUCAUCUUCGCCGCGUCCUUGUCUUUGCUCAUGUUCACCUUCAUCUUCAAUCCGUCAUAUACACGCGAUCAAUACCCGAGCAACUACAAAGCCGUGACGAGUCCCGUUCGCAAGGGUGGUGGAGGGAACCCCAAAGGGUUUUGGAGGGGCGACGGGGAGGGCAAGGCGACUAUCUCUGGCCGGGGAAACCCAGAUGGUGUGAAGGUAUUCAUCGCGGCGAAUAUCAUCAAUGCCGAAUUGAUUUCGGGUGCCUGGGGGGAUGCCGUCAUGGAGUUGAUGGACCUGAUUGGCGAGAAGAAUGUAUUUUUAAGCGUUUUUGAGAAUGAUUCGGGUCCGCUCACAAAAGCUGCUCUCAAUUCACUCGAUACCACAAUCGCAUCGCGCAUGCCCCUCGCCGGACGAUCCAUAGUCUCUACGACCCUAGCUCUUAGCUCCAUCCCCCGCGUCAAGCUCCCCACAGGAGAAACCUACAUCAAACGCAUCACCUACCUCGCAGAGAUCCGCAACCGCGCCAUGCUUCCCCUCAUCGGCUACAUUCCCUCCAUGAAACGCUGGGGUCAGAAAAAACACUGGGUUGAGAAGCCGGAAUCGUAUGGUAGGGUCCUCUUUCUGAACGAUGUCGUGUUCGAUCCUGUGGAAGCGCUGCAUCUGCUCUUCUCGACGAACGGAGGGGAGUAUACAGCGGCGUGUGGGAUGGACUUUAUAAACCCGGUGAAGUUCUACGAUACCUUUGCGACGAGGGACAUUGACGGUUGGAAUUCGGGAGUGCCGUUUUUUCCGUUCUUUGCGCCAGGAGGGAGUAGGGGAUUUGUGGAGAGGGGGAGCGAUGCGGUUCCGGUGAAGAGCUGCUGGGGCGGCAUUGUGGCUUUUGAUGCGAAAGUCUUUGUUGGCGCUGCGUCCACCCCCGACUCACUUCAAAACACACCCCACCGGCCUGUUCUCUUUCGGUCCGAAAAGGCGCCGUACUGGGAUGCCUCGGAAUGUUGUCUCAUCCACGCCGACAUCGCCGCGUCAAACAGCACCUUCAUCAAUCCGUUCGUCCGCGUCGCCUACUCCGAGAGCACCUUCAGAUGGCUCCCGACCGUUAAACGCAUCGAAAGACUUUUCCGGGGACCGCACUGGCUCCUUGCGAAGAUCUUGGGGAUGCCAUGGGGGGGUGAGAAGAGAACAAUGGGAGGCGCGGGGUACUGCGGUAGCACGAAGCUGCUGGUCAUGAAGGAGGAGGGGGGCCGGGGGUGGAAGGGGAUACCGGUGCCAGAGACUCGGUGA